CUCAUAAGCUGUAGCACUUAUCCUGGCACAUGAACUGGGCUGUUUUCAAGGCAGGCCACCACAAGGCAUCGACAUUUCUUCUUCUGCCUACCACACAACCUCAAUCUAAUUCAUUCAAACUCGACAAUAAACUGCAAUAUACACCAUGACGCGAGUCUCGGUAUACACUUCGGCCCUGGCGGCCUUUGUAGCUGCGACGGUCAUGAUAGUAAUCCCGAUAUGGCUCCCCAACUGGGUAACAUACUCCGUUACUUCGGCCACCGGCGAGAUAGUCGAGAGACAUAUCGGUUUACACAAGAGCUGUUCAACGUUGGAUGAUCCAUACUGUCGACCAUUCCCUCCCAAGGAUCUCUGUCAAGGAGGUGAACGAUACUUCUGCUCCAUGUGGAGGACCGUUGGAUUUCUAGCAUCAUUUGCUACUCUCUUAUGUUUGGGUGGUUUGGUGACUUUUGUUGUCAUCAUGUGCGGUGGGAAAUACAAGCGCGAGACUGGAUGGCCUUUUGCCGCUGGCAUGUUGACAUUGAUUUCUGUUAUGGAAUUUGUGGCCAUUUCUAUCGUGGCGUAUCUUUAUGAUCAUGAUGAUCAGUUCAAUAUUCCUGGGUGGUCGCUCGAUACGUCGUUCUACCUCAGCACCACCGCGGCAGUUAUUUGUCUUCUGACUGCCACUGGUAUUGCUUUCUCCGCAUACCUUCUUCCUCCCGAGGAAGGAUACGAUUUCUUGUCGGACCCUCUCGAUGCUUAGGAAGUCUACAAUAACUAAUGCUUGGGUUUGGUGCAUAUUUUCUCGUUUGAUGUUCUCAUGGGCAGGUGUUUUGGUUUUGAAUAAAGAGUCACUGGUGUUAGAUGUCUGGUACAUUUCAAGAUGCUGACCUGAACUGAUACGAGGGGCUCUGCUGUAGCUACCUUGAAAUAGAUUUAGUAAAUCGAUAGAUUAUUUCGCCGA